GAGAGAGAGAUGCAGGAAUAGGGAACUACAUAGUUGUAAGACUGCAAAGAGUGAGUGAGAGAGAGAGGGACGGCAGAGAGCGAGAUACAGAAAUAGGGAACUACAUAGUUGUAAGACUGCAAAGAGUGAGUGAGAGAGAGAGGGAGGGCAGAGAGAGAGAGGGAAGGCAGAGAGGGAACAUAAAGUACAUGAAGUUUGUAUUUAAGUUCCUAUAAGUAGAGAAGAACGGAGAAAGUUACAGACUUGGAAACACCUGGACCAACCUGGAGAGAACACAACAUUAUAUCAGGACCUAUAGACACCUGGAGAGAACACAGCAUUAUAUCAGGACCUAUAGACACCUAGAGAGAACACAGCAUUAUAUCAGGACCUAUAGACACCUGGACCAACCUGGAGAGAACACAACAUUAUAUCAGGACCUAUAGACACCUGGACCAACCUGGAGAGAACACAACAUUAUAUCAGGACCUAUAGACACCUGGACCAACCUGGAGAGAACACAGCAUUAUAUCAGGACCUAUAGACACCUGGACCAACCUGGAGAGAACACAACAAGAUGAGGAUCCUGCUGAUAGUCAUCCUCCUCUCCUUCAUGACAGGUUGUUUGAGCUCCUUCACAGUGACAGGAUCCUCUGGAGGAACUGUCAUCAUCUACUGUCAUUAUUCCACAGAAGACAGAAGUCGUGAGAAAUAUGUCUGCUUGGGGCAGAACCGUUUGAGAUGUAAGGAUCCAAUCAUAACUGGAGUGAAGAACACCUGGCAGCACAGUGGUAGAUUCUCUCUGUAUGACAACACUGGAGGAAACUACUUCAAGGUGAUCAUCAGACAACUGACCAGACAAGAUGAAGGGACCUACUGGUGUGGAGUGAACAAACCUACUGCACCUGACAGUUAUACCAAGGUAGAGCUGGAUGUGAAGAAGGAUGACUGCUGUGAGAAGUCAGUCACAGAGACGGCCUUUCUGGGAGGAGAAGCUACCAUCAGAUGCAACUAUCCAGAGGACCAUGAGGACGACAUCAAGUAUUUCUGCAAAGAAGACAGUGAAUCUGACUGUGAAAACAAGAUAUCAGAUAUAUAUCAUGAAAAACCUAGAAGAUAUUCUCUUUCUAAGAGAAGAAGAAAGAGAUUCUCCACAGUGACCAUCAGUGACCUGACUGAAGAUGAUACUGGGACCUACUGGUGUGGAGUAGAAACCAGCAGGACAGAACAACGUUACAUUACACUGAUCACACAGGUGAAGCUGCUUGUUAUAAAUUGGAGGGAUGUCAAACCAAUCAAUGUGACUGAGCAAGUUGGGGAGACUGCCAGGCUCACUUGUAAAUAUCCAGCAGACCACAAGAAGAAUGAGAAGUUCUUCUGUAAAGGGGACCUUCCUUUAACCUGUGAAGAUAAAGUAGCAGCUACAAAACCUAACAUCAUCAUCAGGAAUAAGAGGUUUUCUCUGAGGGACAACAGUGAGAAGACCAACUUCACUGUUCACAUCAAGAUGAUGAGACCAGAGGAUUCUGGGACAUACUGGUGUGGAUCUGAUAGAAGAUGGAGACCUGCAGACUACACUAGAUGUAUCCUCUCUGUGGUGGCACCAACUACCACCAUCAUGAAAACCAAAACUACAGCCCCACCCACAACCACCUUCCUCUCACUAUCUUCACCAUCAUCAUCAUCACCAUCAUCACCAUCAUCAUCAUCAUCACCAGCAUCAUCACUCAACGAAUCUGGUACCUCAGUGGUCAUCAUGGUGUCUGUUAGUCUGGUAGUGUUACUGCUGCUGAUCAGCCUGAUUAUCGUCUACAGAUGGAAAUACAACAAGGACACAGGAUCUGUCUCUUCAACACACAGAGUGAGUCCAGACACAGGAAACAACGAAGGGAGGACAUUUCCACGAAAAUGGCCAGGCACGACUCCAACACCAUCAUUCAAUUUGCCGGCAGCGGACUGUGUCUAA